GAGGAGGGGAGAGGGGGAUGACGAUUCCGUCAUGCAGACAGGCAGGCAGGUGCUGUAGCGAGAAAGCAAUGCACAGGCUCUCUCUCUCCUCUCUAAGUAAGGUUGAGGCUGAGGCUGCUUACUGAUUCGAAAACAACGGGCUGCUGCCAGCGGAAAGAGAUAAGCAAGGGGGCUGUGUGUUAGUGGAGGAGAAGGGACGGACAGAACAGCACCGGACAUUGUCAUUUUUCUUUCUCUCUCUCCCUCUUUCUUUUCUCUCCAGUCUCCAGAAUGACUGUAGUUGCUGUUGGUUGGCCAGUGUUGGGAUUUGCAGAGGAAGGUGGCGUAGUGCAGAUCUGCCUUGCCUAGGAGGGACCGUCUCUCUGUUUCUAAGCCAUAUUACAGGAGGCACAGUUACUGCAGGUAAUCUAUCAUUCUAUCUAUCCUUCUCCACCUCCCUCCAUCAUUGUUUUCCAUCAUCUCCCUCCCUCCCUCUUAUGUAACCAUGGUCUUGUCUUCCAUAUCUUCGUCCCCUCAUCCUCUCCCUCUCUCUUCUCUUCCUCCCCCAAAUCCAUUUUCUUCCAUAAUGGCUAUGGGAACUGACAAGCAUGUUCUCAUGUAGCCAAUGAAAGUAAUAGAUGUAAACAUCUUCAUAUUAUGGGAGAGGCUUCGGCAGGCAGCCACACACCCAUAUUAAUAUGAAUAGCAGAAGAUGUGUUUGUAUUGUUCUGAGAUAAAUGCAACCAUAUGACCCACCCAUCGCUAUAUCAAUUGAAUUGUCCCAAAUAUGUCUAAAAAUCUAUUAUAUAUUUUUAUUUUAUAGCCAUAAGAUCUUAUGGAAUGAAAUUAUGGCAAUGGAUUUGGCAUAACAACAAAUAUUGAUUUGUUCUCCAGUCAGUGUGCUAGCGUUGUUUUUGCAAGUGUAAAAUGGGGACAGCUAUUUGGUUACAUUGUAUUGAAGGACAUCUGAUGAGAUUCUGUGAUUGGUUGUUUUUGGUCUUGGUGGUUUGUGGGUGCUUUGGCUCCAGGCAGGGAGCAAAAUAGUGGUAGGAUAACAUCUCCAUCACCUGGGUCCAUUGGUUAAGGUGAAGGUCAAAUGUCACAUACAGUGGAUAUAAAAAGUCUACACUCCCCUGUUAAAAUGCCAGGUUUUUGUGAUGUAAAAGAUUGAGAUAAAGAUAAAUCAUGUCAGAACUUUUUCCACCUUUAAUGUGACCUAUAACGUGAACAAUUCAAUUGAAAAACAAACUGAAAUCUUUGAGGGGGAAAAAUAAAAAAUAAAAAACUCACAACCUGGUUGCAUAAGUGUGCACACCCUUAAACUAAUACUUUGUUGAAGCACCUUUUGAUUUUAUUACAGCACUCAGUCUUUUUGGGUAGGAGUCUAUUAGCAUGGCACAUCUUGACGUGGCAAUAUUUGCCCACUCUUCUUUGUAAAAGUGCUCCAAAUCUUGUCAGAUUGCGAGGACAUCUCCUGUGCACAGCCCUCUUCAGAUCAACCCAGAGAUGUUCAAUUGGAUUCAGGUCUGGGCUCUGGCUGGGCCAUUCCAAAACAUUAAUCUUCUUCUGGUGAAGCCAUGCUUUUGUGGAUUUGGAUGUGUGCUUUGGGUCAUUGUCGUGCUGAAAGGUGAAUUUUCCUCUUCAUCUUUCUAACGGACGCCUGAAGGUUUUGUGCCAAAAUUGCCUGGUAUUUGGAACUGUUCAUAAUUCCCUCCACCCUGACUAAGGCCCCGGUUCCAGCUGAAGAAAAACAGCCCCAAAGCAUGAUGCUGCCACCACCAUGCUUCACUGUGGGUAUGGUGUUCUUUGGGUGAUGUGCAGUGUUGUUUUUGCGCCAAACAUAACUUUUGGAAUUAUGGCCAAAAAGUUCAACCUUGGUUUCAUCAGACCAUAACACAUUUUCCAACGUGCUUUUGGGGGAUUUGAUGUUUGUUUUUGCAAACUUCAGCCGGGCUUGGAUGUUUUUCUUUGUAAGAAAAUGUUUCCGUCUUGCCACCCUACCCCAUAGCCCAUUCAUAUGAAGAAUACGGGAGAUUGUUGUCACAUGUAGCACACAGCCAGUACUUGCCAGAAAUUCCUGCAGUUCCUUUAAUGUUGCUGUAGGCCUCUUGGAAGCCUCCCUGACCAGUUUUCUUCUCGUCUUUUCAUAAAUUUUGGAGGGACGUCCAGUUCUUGGUAAUGUCUCUGUUGUGCCAUAUUUUCUCCACUUGAUGAUGACUGUCUUCACUGUGUUCCAUGGUAUAUGUAAUGCUUUGGAAAUUAUUUUGUACCCUUCUCCUGACUGAUAUCUUUCAACAAUGAGAUCCCUCUGAUGCCUUGGAAGCUCUCUGUGGACCAUGGCUUUUGCUCUGAGAUGCAACUAAGAAAAUGUCAGGAAAAUCCUACUAGAACAGCUGAACUUUAUUUGUGAUUAAUCAGAGUCACUUUAAAUGAUGGCAGGUGUGUAAUGACUUCUAUUUAACAUGAGUAUGAAUGUGAUUGGUUAAUUCUGAACACAGCCACAUCCCCAGUUACAGUGGGGGAAAAAAGUAUUUAGUCAGCCAUCAAUUGUGCAAGUUCUCCCACUUAAAAAGAUGAGAGAGGCCUGUAAUUCUCAUCAUAGGUACACGUCAACUAUGACAGACAAAUUGAGGGAAAAAAAUCCAGAAAAUCACAUUGUAGGAUUUUUAAUGAAUUUAUUUGCAAAUUAUGGUGGAAAAUAAGUAUUUGGUCACCUACAAACAAGCAAGAUUUCUGGCUCUCACAGACCUGUAACUUCUUCUUUAAGAGGCUCCUCUGUCCUCCACUCGUUACCUGUAUUAAUGGCACCUGUUUGAACUUGUUAUCAGUAUAAAAGACACCUGUCCACAACCUCAAACAGUCACACUCCAAACUCCACUAUGGCCAAGACCAAAGAGCUGUCAAAGGACACCAGAAACAAAAUUGUAGACCUGCACCAGGCUGGGAAGACUGAAUCUGCAAUAGGUAAGCAGCUUGGUUUGAAUAAAUCAACUGUGGGAGCAAUUAUUAGGAAAUGGAAGACAUACAAGACCACUGAUAAUCUCCCUCGAUCUGGGGCUCCACGCAAGAUCUCACCCCGUGGGGUCAAAAUGAUCACAAGAACGGUGAGCAAAAAUCCCAGAACCACACGGGGGGACCUAGUGAAUGACCUGCAGAGAGCUGGGACCAAAGUAACAAAGCCUACCAUCAGUAACACACUACGCCGCCAGGGACUCAAAUCCUGCAGUGCCAGACGUGUCCCCCUGCUUAAGCCAGUACAUGUCCAGGCCCGUCUGAAGUUUGCUAGAGUGCAUUUGGAUGAUCCAGAAGAGGAUUGGGAGAAUGUCAUAUGGUCAGAUGAAACCAAAAUAGAACUUUUUGGUAAAAACUCAACUCGUCGUGUUUGGAGGACAAAGAAUGCUGAGUUGCAUCCAAAGAACACCAUACCUACUGUGAAGCAUGGGGGUGGAAACAUCAUGCUUUGGGGCUGCUUUUCUGCAAAGGGACCAGGACGACUGAUCCGUGUAAAGGAAAGAAUGAAUGGGGCCAUGUAUCGUGAGAUUUUGAGUGAAAACCUCCUUCCAUCAGCAAGGGCAUUGAAGAUGAAACGUGGCUGGGUCUUUCAGCAUGACAAUGAUCCCAAACACACCGCCCGGGCAACGAAGGAGUGGCUUCGUAAGAAGCAUUUCAAGGUCCUGGAGUGGCCUAGCCAGUCUCCAGAUCUCAACCCCAUAGAAAAUCUUUGGAUGGAGUUGAAAGUCCAUGUUGCCCAGCGACAGCCCCAAAACAUCACUGCUCUAGAGGAGAUCUGCAUGGAGGAAUGGGCCAAAAUACCAGCAACAGUGUGUGAAAACCUUGUGAAGACUUACAGAAAUCGUUUGACCUGUGUCAUUGCCAACAAAGGGUAUAUAACAAAGUAUUGAGAAACUUUUGUUAUUGACCAAAUACUUAUUUUCCACCAUCAUUUGCAAAUAAAUUCAUUAAAAAUCCUACAAUGUGAUUUUCUGGAUUUUUUGUUCUCAUUUUGUCUGUCAUAGUUGACGUGUACCUAUGAUGAAAAUUACAGGCCUCUCUCAUCUUUUUAAGUGGGAGAACUUGCACAAUUGGUGGCUGACUAAAUACUUUUUUUCCCCACUGUAUGCAACCAGGUUAUUGUAAGGUUUUUAUUUUUCAUUUUUCCCCCUCGAAGAUUUCUGUUUCUUUUUCAAUUGAAUUGUUCACAUUAUAGGUCACAUUAACAGUGGAAAAAGUUCUGACAUGAUUUAUCUUUGUCUCAUUCUUUUACAUCACAAAAACCUGGCAUUUUAACAGGGGUGUGUAGAAUUUUAUAUCCACUGUACAUACACACAUGCGUGCACACCAUUACACUCAAUGCAUAUACAUUCACAUGCGCAUAAACACACAAACACUCAUAUUGUCACUCUCAGCCUGCCUUCGUGAUUUCAUGGCAGUCUAUCAGAACAAAAUUAUUUUCUGCUGUUUUCAGUCUUUUCUUUGUAUCCACCUGCAAGAUGUUCAUUAGUACAUGGAUUAGGAUCUAACAAAAGCUGAAAGCUUCUUAUGUAGCCAUGAAAAGCUGCAAAUAUCUCUUACAACAUUUAAUGUCUCUACCAUAAGCCGCCUCCAACGUCGUUUUAGAGAAUUUGGUAGUACGUCCAACCGGCCUCACAAAAGCAGACCACGUGUAACCACGCCAACUCAGGACCUCCAUAUCCGGCUUCUUUAUCUGCGGGAUGGUCUGAGACCAGCCACCUGAAAGCUGAUUACACUGUGGGUUUGCACAACUGAAGAAUUUCUGCACAAACUGUCAGAAACUGUCUCAGGGAAGCUAAUCUGCGUGCUCGUCGUUCUCACCAGGGUCUUGACCUGACUGCAGUUCAGCGAUGUAACCAUCGAUGGCCACUGGCACACUGGAGAAGUGUGCUCUUCACGGAUGAAUCCCGGUUUCAACUGUACUGGGCAGAUGGCAGAUAGCGUGUAUAGCGUUGUGUGGGCGAUUGGUUUGCGGAUGUAAACCCCAUGGUGGCAGUGGGGUUAUGGUAUGGGCAUGCACAACGAACACAAUUGUAUUUUAUCAAUGGCAAUUGGAAUGCACAGAGAUACCGUGACGAGUUCCUGAGGCUCAUUGUUGUGCCAUUCAUCCGCCGGCAUCACCUCAUGUUUCAGCAUGAUAAUGCACAGCCCCAUGUCGCAAGGAUAUGUAGAAAAUUCCUGGAAGCUGAAAAUGUCCCAGUUCUUAUAUGGUCUGCAUACUUAACAGUCAUGUCACCCAUUGAGCAUGUUUGGGAUGCUCUGGGUCGACGUGUAUGAAAAGGCCAAACUUAUCCUACAUCAGCAUUCCAACUCUGAGAUGCUAUAUGAAUAAAUACUCAGAGGCUACUCUGCAGAAAAUAACGGUGGGUAUGAUGGGAGAAAGAGACAGAGAGACAAAGAGAGAGAGGAGAGGCUAAAGAAUCUGUCUUUUGAUGAAGUGGCACUUUGCUGAGUAAUGUGAUGGAGAGAAAGGAAGACGCUUACACAAUCUUGGUUUAAAUGGAUUCCUUUUCACGCCACUCCCUGGCUAUAGGCAAAGAUCCAGGAAAAACGUUAGUACCUUUAGCCCUCACUCCUAUAAUUGCACUGUGUCAGAACUUGGACUGAAACACAACUUUCAUCCAACAGUCUUCCACAAGAAUCAACUGUUGUUGUUAAUUUCGUACAGAUCACUCCAUUCUUACCAGGAUAGUAAGAACAAGAAUUACAUACAGAGUAAUUCAUCAUUGAGGAUGUCUGAUUAUUAUAGCUAUAUGACCUCAUAUACUGUAGAUUUAAGUGUUUAGGAUUUGUGCUUAAGUUGGUAAGUGUCCGUCUUGAACAAUGUUCCCCAAGUUUCAUGGUGCUUAGUACCAUCUUGCUGUGACACAGAAUUCGCCACAGCGAUAAAAUCUAUAAUUAGCACAUUGUCUAAAUUUAGGGCUAGAUAUGCCCUUUCUUUUGUUGAGUUUCGCUCUUAAGACAACAUAAUGGGUGGCCACUGUAUUGUCUUUAUAAUGACUAUCAGUCCCUGAAUCCCUUUCCUCAUCAAUUAAAAUCCCACCAGUAUUGCUUAAUUAACUGCAGUUAACCAGGAAACCCGACUACCAUUUUGGCUCCCUGGGGGACUGUGUCUUUCCUGGUCCAGCUGAGUCCCUUCCUCUUUGUCUGGGGGGGGACUUUGCCAUUCUAGACUUGCUGCAACAUUUAUAUGUGUAUUUUAUUGGUAAAUGUCCAAUUGAAAUUACUCCAGAUACCAAAAGUGUGAAUUUAGCAUGUAGUCAAGUAUUUUUACUCCAGCCCUGCACUAGCACACCUGAUUCAACUAACCACCAAGCCAUUAUUUGCUGAAUCAGAUGUGCUACUGCUGAUGUAGCAGAUGGCCGAGUUAGCAUCGCUACUGUCUUCCUGAGACCUGAAGUGCUGGUGUCUGGGCUGGGACCCAGAAAUGCUUUGUCUUUUCUGGGUCAGUGGUAUUGACAAUGUUUCUGGAGAAUGAUUUAAUGACACAAAUUGAAAAAAGCAACCCCCUGUAAAGUCCAUGUUGUUUUCAAUUUUUUGUCCCUUCCUUUCCUAUCCUAGGGCUCCUUCCUCUGUCAUUGACUUGUGAUUGGGGACACCCACCAUGGAGGCCCCGCUUGUGUGCCUGGAUGAGGAGUUUGAGGACCUCAGGCCUUGCCGGGUAGAGGACAUGCCCAUCAGCCGACCCCCCUACAGCACCGUCCCCCUGGCCCCCAUGGCCCCCCUAGCCCCCAUCACCCGUGAGGACUUCUCCGAACUGGAGAACUUCUCUGAGAUGAUGAGCUUCAAGUCCAUGGAGGACCUGGUCAAUGAGUUUGACGAGAAGUUGAAUGUCUGUUUCCACAACUACAACACCAAGACGGAAGGCCUGGCCCCCGUGCGCAACCAGUCCCACACCGAGGAGGACGAGGAGCGGCUGCAGGAUGAAGAGUGAGUAUCGUCCACCACCUUUGUGGUUUUUAAGCAUAAGUCUGACCUCAGCAUAAAGGGUCUGUGCUUUUGUGAUAAGAGUGAAAGAUACAAAUGGUGUAUCACAGGGAAAUUAUUUUUCACUUCAGCUGCUUGCCUUUUGGGUUGUACAAUGCACCCCAGUAUUCUUUUUAUAAUAUGGCACAUCCUUUGCAGCAAUCUUCUGAACAAAUCAUUGGUCAAUGCUUGCUUGUUUAGGUAGUCCAUCAUUUCUGAUGAUGUCUUCCUCUUCUGUCUUCACACUGCAUACUUUUGUGACCAUGCAAUCCCAUUCAAGGCACACUAUUUACUGCAAACAGAGCAUUUCAAGUCUGGGUAUGGUGUGAAAGGAGCAGCUAUUUUUUUACAUUCUAGUCAUUUAGCAGACGCUCUUAUCCAGAGCGACUUACAGUUAGUGAGUGCAUACAUUUUUCAUACUGGCCCCCCGUGGGAAACGAACCCACAACCCUGGCGUUGCAAGCGCCAUGCCCUACCAACUGAGCUACAGGGGAGUAGCUAUGAACACUACACCUAUGCAUUCAUUAAAGUUUAGAUAGAAUACCAAAAGUCAUCACAGCUAUCAGCUAAACAGAGCAUUGGCUGAUAUACCACUACUUUAAUAACGAUACCACUAGAUAUCUCAUGACCCGGCUCUCAGAUCCUGAUACUCAGCCCACCUCACAGCAACCAAAUCGUCCACCAGCAAAAAACACGAAAACACAAACCACCCGUGUGACACUGCCCAUCCCAGCAGUCUACAGUCGGUAUAGGCCUUGAAUUAUUAAAUGUAUUUUUUAACGCUCUUUUGGUCUGUCGCUGCCUCUACCAGCAGGCAGCUAGCACUCCCAUUCGCCAACUGCUUCUGAAGCGGAAACAUAGACAUUCUCGCAUUGGGUGGAAAUAAACCCUCUUGCUAAAAAUAGCUUGGUUGUAGGUGCCCUUGGGUAUGCCAAUUGAUCCAUAUUCAGAGUGCAUAGGACCGAAGGACAAAGUAUUGAUGAUAAAAUCAAUGACAUACAAGAUGUAUGUUGGGGAUACUAUUGUUAGCAUGUGGGCGUGCAUUAAUGACCUUGUUUUGCAUUUGAUGAUCUACUGUAUUCUACAGUACACUACAGAGUUAGAAACCGCAUCAUAUGAUGCGUCUGAUUUGAAUGUUUUGAAAUUGGUUCCCCUAUCCUUAUCCUUGUAGUGAUGCAAGGAACAAAUGCACAUUUAUCUAUUGUAAGCUUUAUUUGAGUUUUAAUUUGAUAGUUUAUACAUUAUUUAUGUUAUGCAACACAGUUGAUAGAAUGAUUGGUUCAAUCUAAGGGCCAGAUUAACUAAAGGUUUGCAAACAUUUGGGACGGUGCUGUACCAGCUAGUGUCUGUGUGUGUGUGUGUGUGUGUGUGUGUGUGUGGACAACACAUCAGGCAUGAUCUCUGAGGUCAUGAGUCCCGAUGAAUGGCUGCUUGUUUCCUGCAUGGCGCAUUGCUGGGCAGUGCCACUAAGAGGAGGGUAGGGUGUGGGUGCCAUGCCAAGCUGGGGGAAAAACAAAGAAAGGGGAAACAAAGGGAGAGUUCUACUCUGGUCAUUUUCACAAGGCUAAAGCCUUGAUUGGACCGAGGUUCUUAUAGUUGGAGGAGGACCUGCACAAUGCUGUAAGGGGCUGUUUUUAUCUAUACUUAUUCACAUUGGACACCUGUAAAAAAUUUGUAAACUGAGUUUUUAUUUUAUUGUUAGUUGACUGUGUGCAUUGCAGCCUGGAGUGCAAUAGGGAGGAUUUUGAUGUGCAUUUUGAUUUGAUUAAUUAUGUUGACAAGUUCAGGGACAUAAUUGUUGAGAGACCGCCCAAAACAGAGUGAAGUAAAAGAGCAACAAAUGAGAAUGAAGCACAAUAAUGUCAUGUGAACACCUCUUACUCUGCAUUCACUCUCUGCGAAUGUUCAACGGAACACUGAUAGAAGGAAAUAGCUGCAGAUAUACAAUUGACAAUUUCUAUCAAACAUGAUUUUGGGUAGAGGAGGGUCAUCUAGGGAGGAAGAGAAGGAUGGUCCUCUUCAUGAUGUAAUCCAUCCUCCUCCUCAUUUUUUUAAAAUCACAAGCCACCACUGGAUUUUGGAUUAUUAUGGAAUUACCAUUUUAUGCCCCCAAAAAGAGCCUAUUUCCUGAUAGUUACAGCCUUGAGGACUGAUAGUGUUUUGUGCUGUGUUGUGUGUGGGAUGUCCUGAUCGUUCCAAUGUUGGUGACUGAGUGUUUGUCUUGUGUUGCAGUGUAUGAGAUGUCCUGUUACAAUGUUGGUGGCUAAGUGUGUUUGCAUCUCUGUAUUUUUGUUGUGUUGCGGUGUUGGUGACUGAAUGUGUGUUUGUUAUGUCCAUGUUUCAGUGUGUGGGAUGCGCUGAUGGAUAACUACGUCCCUUCCUCUGUCUCCAGCUGGGACGACCCCAACUCAGAGGGAUUCAACGACAACCUCUCCGAUCAGGAGGUAACGCUCUACAAUAUACUCCAAAAUACUUGAAGGUCAUCGUAAGAAUCAUGUUUCUCCAUUUUCCAACCUCCUUUCUUCUCAACUGGAAAGACCUGAAACAUUCUGAGACAACAUCUUGGAAAUACAUUUUUUCAUUAGAUCUUUAGACUUAUUUGAAUGGAUAUUAGAACACCUCUUUCAUGUGUGACUGACUGCAGUGUGUUCUUUAGUGAGGCAAUGUGGGACGACAUGCUGUAAGAGAUCAAGUUUUAGCAAACAUGCUAGCUAGAGUGUGCUGGCAGGCUGGCUGGCUGGCUGGCUGGAUGUUCAUUCAUGCCUUGUGGUUGUGGCGCUGACGUCACCUGACCUGACACCAAAAAUCAAGGCUGAGCUGCCUUGACUGCGUGCUACUUAGUAUCCGUCAAUCAACCACCCUCCUCCUCCACCCUCUCUCCCUCUCCUCCCCUAGUCUGCUGUCGCAUGCAACUGCAGGCACUGGGUCAGGGUCAAGGCACAGGGCUGGGUCAGGGUCAAGGCACAGGGCUGGGUCAGGGUCAAGGCACAGGGCUGGGUCAGGGUCAAGGCACAGAGCUGGGUCAGGGUCAAGGCACAGGCACUGGGUCAGGGUCAAGGCACAGGCACUGGGUCAGGGUCAAUACGCAGACACACAGUCCCCAGCAGGAAGCUAUAAGCGACUCUCCAGACAUAGAAAAGCAGUCCAUCAGCAUUUAGUCUUCCAUGCCCCCGGUUUAGUUUAUUACUGAAUUAUAUCCUUGUAGGGAUUAACUGGGGUGAGGCCAAUGGCAUAAAUGAGCAUCAAAAGCAGUCAAUUAGUAAAUAGAAAGUCAAUGGUCAAUAGAUAGAAUUGGGGCAAUUUGAGUGUGACUAAGCAUAACUCAAACACUUUCAAAUUUGCUUCCAAACUCGAGGGUAAUAAAUUGUAUUUUCAGAUGAAAAGCAGAGGGGGAUAAUGGGGUCAUAUUUGGACCAUGUUCACUAGCUUCCUAAACGCCAAUGCUAAUAUUCUAAAGAUAAAUCCAACAUGGGUGAAUGGCUUUUCUGUACUCUUAUUUAUAAACCUUGUUUCCAUGGUUUCUGUUUCCAAUACUAAGAAGUUAAGCUAGCACAAAUGUGGCUGAAUGGGUUUCCAUGGUUUCAUUCGUUCUCUCUUGCAUUCUCCAGAUUCAUGAAAAAGAGGAGGAGGAGAUGAAUGAGAAGAACGACAAUGCCAACUGCCUGAGUGAGGAGCCUCUCCUCACUGCUGAUCAGGUGACUACAGACACAUGUACUUCCUGUUAUGCAAAGGACUUGGUAGGACUUCCAGUUAAGUAUAUUACUAGGUUUAGUUAAAGUAACUGUCUACUGUUUCCAGAUUUCUAUGAAAUAUGACCCAUAAUUAAUUACAACACAAGUUAAAUAGUUUUCCUUCCAAAACAUUGUAAUUAAGUAUGUUAAAAAGCAGCUUUUCUGUGUUGGUAUGGUGCGGGCAUACCCCAACAACAGAAUGGUGUUGGCAUAUACCGGUCAUUAAAAUUAUUCAUGCGAGUAGACCGCUUAUUGGCCAUCAUCAUCUAUGAGGAAAUAGCAAGCAUUUUUUAAAUGGUCUGUUUGAGAUAUAAGCUUGAGGUGGGAUUUUGUAAGUAUUUUUUCUCCAAUUUAUGCUUUGGCCACAAAUAUGAAUAAAGGAUGAGUCAACAACAUUAUUUGGGUAUGAGUUAACAGAAUAUUAACUUUUAAAUGUGAGAUUCUCUCUGGACAGUUACUUUAAGCUAAUUUAGACAGUUUAAAACAUACAAAAGUAGAAUACAUUAACUCCCCCAUAUACUGUAAUAACAGUGGUUAAAAAGGCCAAGGCGAAAAGUAUAGCAAGACUAUUUAUUUCAAGUAGCUCCCUUCUGCAUUAUAGCAUAGGCUACUGUACAUGAAUAAUAAAUGCCUGACGACCAUUCGUUUUUUACUUAUUGGUGACUCAGAGUCUGACUGCUGUUCAUGAGAGUGUAUGUAUUAAUCUACCUUCCCUCCCACCCUCCCUCCCUCCAUCUCUCUCCAAGGUCAUUGAGGAGAUAGUUGAGAUGAUGGAGAACUCUCCGGACCCUGGUGAGACAGAGGAGGAGGACGAGGAGGAGAGUGGACACUCCUCACCCAAGACCAACCCAUCCCUUCUGGAAGAGAUCAGACAGCUGUCCCAGGCCUCCAAUAACAACAUGCCCUCUUAUGAAGGUUAGUGUACAAAAACUAAGGUUGAAUCAAGGGUUAAACACCAAGUCACAUAUACAGUGGAUAUAAAAAGUCUACACACCCCUGUUAAAAUGCCAGGUUUUUGUGAUGUAAAAGAAUGAGACAAAUAAAUCAUGUCAGAACUUUUUCCACCUUUAAUGGGACCUAUAACGUGAACAAUUCAAUUGAAAAACAAACUGAAAUCUUUGAGGGGGGGAAAUAAAAAACUCACAAUAACCUGGUUGCAUAAGUGUGCACACCCUUAAACUAAUACUUUGUUGAAGCACCUUUUGAUUUUAUUACAGCACUCAGUCUUUUUGGGUAGGAGUCUAUUAGCAUGGCACAUCUUGACGUGGCAAUAUUUGCCCACUCUUCUUUGCAAAAGCGCUCCAAAUCUGUCAGAUUGCGAGGACAUCUCCUGUGCACAGCCCUCUUCAGAUCACCCCAGAGAUGUUAAAUUGGAUUCAGGUCUGGGCUCUGGCUGGGCCAUUCCAAAACGUUAAUCUUCUUCUGGUGAAGCCAUGCUUUUGUGGAUUUGGAUGUGUGCUUUGGGUCAUUGUUGUGCUGAAAGGUGAACUUCCUCUUCAUCUUCAGCUUUCUAACGGACGCCUGAAGGUUUUGUGCCAAAAUUGCCUGGUAUUUGGAACUGUUCAUAAUUCCCUCCACCCUGACUAAGGCCCCGGUUCCAGCUGAAGAAAAACAGCCCCAAAGCAUGAUGCUGCCACCACCAUGCUUCACUGUGGGUAUGGUGUUCUUUGGGUGAUGUGCAGUGUUGUUUUUGCGCAAACAUACCUUUUGGAAUUAUGGCCAAAAAUUUCAACCUUGGUUUCAUCAGACCAUAAAACAUUUUCCCACGUGCUUUUGGGGGACUUGAUGUUUGUUUUUGCAAACUUCAGCCGGGCUUGGAUGUUUUUCUUUGUAAGAAAAGGCUUCUGUCUUGCCACCCUACCCUAUAGCCCCUUCAUAUGAAGAAUACAGGAGAUUGUUGUCACAUGUAGCACAUAGCCAGUACUUGCCAGAAAUUCCUGCAGUUCCUUUAAUGUUGCUGUAGGCCUCUUAGAAGCCUCCCUGACCAGUUUUCUCCUCAUCUUUUCAUAAAUUUUGGAGGGACGUCCAGUUCUUGGUAAUGUCUCUGUUGUGCCAUAUUUUCUCCACUUGAUGAUGACUGUCUUCACUGUGUUCCAUGGUAUAUGUAAUGCUUUGGAAAUUAUUUUGUACCCUUCUCCUGACUGAUAUCUUUCAACAAUGAGAUCCCUCUGAUGCCUUGGAAGCUCUCUGCGGACCAUGGCUUUCGCUCUGAGAUGCAACUAAGAAAAUGUCAGGAAAAUCCUACUAGAACAGCUGAACUUUGUGAUUAAUCAGAGUCACUUUAAAUGAUGGCAGGUGUGUAAUGACUUCUAUUUAACAUGAGUUUGAAUGUGAUUGGUUAAUUCGGAACACAGCCACAUCCCCAGUUAUAAGAGGGCACACUUAUGCAAUCAGGUUAUUGUAAGGUUUUUAUUUUUCAUUUUUCCCCCUCGAAGAUUUCAGUUUGUUUUUCAAUUGAAUUGCUCACAUUAUAGGUCACAUUAACCGUGGAAAAAGUUCUGACAUUAUUUAUCUUUGUCUCAUUCUUUUACAUCACAAAAACCUGGCAUUUUAACAGGAGAGUGUAGACUUUUUAUAUCCACUGUACCAAGGAGUUAAAUUAACAGAAGAAAGUGACAAUUUAAGCAAUUCAAGGUCCAAUUCAGAUUUCAAUUGAAGUUGUGGACAGACACCUUUUCCAAAAUCAAUUUCCUGUUCAUAGAACAGUGUAUAAAAAUUAAGUGACCUUUGAUAUAUCUUGUAGCGGCUAAUGAGAAACCUUGUCCGAGACAAAAAAUGUAAACUUGCUUGAGUUAAUGGCAAGGGUUUAGCUCAGUAGACUACCGCCCUGCUUAUAGGACUUUGAUUGGGUGAGGGGUCAUAGUUCAGACAAUAUGGUUGUCUUAUCAGUUUACCAGAGUAAACAUCUGGAUCUUUCAUCAGUCUUCAGCCUCUAUGGUGAAUAUAGGAUGAAUAACUGGACAAACCUGCAGCAGACAUUUUUUGUAUGAGUCGAUCAUUUGAGGACCAUGGCACACACUCAAUAUGCUUCCCUGUGUUCCCUGUGGAAAGACAUAUUGUGUGACCAUGUGGCUCCCCUGCAUGAGACAUAUUUGUAUUUGUCCUACUUAGUGUGUGUGUGUGUGUGUGUGUGUGUGUGUGUGUGUUGACUUCCAAAAAUAGUAGUAAUAUUGGACAGCAUCACCCAGUCACAGAAACAGUCAAAGGCUAGUUCCUCUUCUCAGAAUGUAAUGUCAAGGCUAAUGAAAAACGUAAUAGGUGACAUACAGGUGAUAUCAUCCCACUUUCCUCCCAUUUAUGUCAUCUAUUCAUAUACUGUAUGCAGUAGCGGUGCGUGAGUAAAAUCACUGGGGAAGCCAAGCACCCCCCCCACAAAAAAGACAUACUACAACCUAUGUGUUGUGAUAAUUGCGUUGUUUGCUCUAUAACCUAUUAAUUCAUAUGCCUUGCGACUGUGGUAUAUAGGCCUAAAGGCCGAGAAAUAAGAAGACACAGUGGCAGAAUAAAUUCAACCACACCUUUGUUUUAUCAGAAAACCGGAUAGCAACCUCUGUCCAGUGAAGUCCACAAAGCAUAUUGCAUGUACAGCAUGAUCAAGCAAGUUAAUGUUGCCGACAUUUUCGGACCACUAAACAACUAUUGAUUUAGAACCGCAGAGAGUUACUGCAAGUCGCAUAAAACAGCAGCUGCCUUCACUAUUCCAGCACCAUUUCAACUUGACACUUUUUUGGGUGCGCCAGGACCAUUCACAGUUGAGCUCACUCAGUUUAGCUCAACGCUGAUUGGCAAAUAGUUUAUACUUUUUUUUUCAAGGGAGACCAGAUACUCGCUGGCUUCCCUUGCCUUCAAUGCUACGGCGGCAACAAUUUCAUAGUUGUUUGGACCAGACAGCAUCAGAUAAAUGGCCUACAUGUAGAGAGACAGAGGGGCGCUGUUUCGCUCGCUCGUCGGAUGCUUUCUCCUCUUGCGAAUUGAAGGAAAAUUAUGAAACACAGAGAGACGAAAGAAAAACUAUUAUUAGUAAUUUUUAUUUUAUUAUUGGUCAAUUGUUUUGGGAAGCCUGGCUUCCCGUGGCAUCCAUGAAUAUACAUCACUGACUGUAUGUAUACAGCCGGACUAUUCAAUUCCUGCCCUUGAGGCCUGAAGUGGUACUGGGCCCGUAUUCAUAGUGUCUCAAAGUAUGUGUCUCAAAGUAUGCUGAUCUAGGAUCAGUAUUGCCUUUUAUAUAUCAAUGAAUAUGAUUACAUUGACAGGGGGAACCUGAUCCUAAAUUAGCACUGCUACUCUGAGAUGUUUUAUGAAUACAGGUUUUCUUUUUUCCUUAGCAGUUUAUGUCAUUGUUUGGCCAGAGAGUUCACUUCUUCCUAAUGCCCCAGGUCUGAGGUCAGAUUGUAAUGAAAACCAGCAGUACUUUGUCCCUCAAGGGAAGGAAUUUGAUAUCCCUUCUACAGUAUAUAACAUUAUGCAUAUUGAAUCUCUGUUCACCUCUAUGUACAAUUAGCCUGGUCCCAGAUCUAUUAGUAACAACGACUGUAAGAGUUGGUUAUACAGCACAAACAGAUCUGGGAUCAACUGGCUAAUGUAGCGUAGCUCCAUACCUGAUUACAACCAACGUCUCCUCCCCUCCUCCCUUCUCUCUCCAGGCCUAUGUCAGUUUGCCUGGUCCCAGGUCUGUCUGUUUGUGACAAUGACCAUAGGAUUUGGCUAUUCAGCUAAUGCAGAGCUGGGCUCCAGGCUAAUGUAGCUCCAUACCUGACCUCCAUGCCUCUCUCUCCCUCCAGGCCUGAGUGUGAUGCCCAGCUCGGCCCUGGUGGAGCUGCUGUGCCGGGUGGAGGGGGCCAUCAGGGAGUACUCAGAGGAGCUGGUCACCCAGCUGGCGCGCCGUGAUGAGCUGGAGUUUGAGAAGGAGGUGAAGAACACGUUCAUCACGGCCCUCAUGGAGGUGCAGAACCGCCAGAAGGAGCAGCGGGACACGGGCAAGCGCCGGCGCCGGGUCGACAAGGGCCUCAGUCUGCAGGGUAACGCGAUAACCACGACCGUGGUUGGUGGUACUACUACUACGACCACCACCUGCACAGACCCCAAACCCGCCUCCAUGCCUACGAAGGUUAGCACUGAGGGAGGGAGGCUUACGCAUGAGUGUCUGUGCGUUAAUGUCCAUUCACAUGCAUUUCCAAGCCAGACAGCUCUCUCUCUCUCCCUCACACAUCGACAUGGAUAAUGGACCUAGAGACCAUUAGGCCCUAACUAACUGCACUUACGGGAAGAACAACAGACAGAGUACUCACAGAGGAAGUGACCAUAUGAUUUCUUACAGUUCCAGCAUAGACCAGCCCGUCCAUAUCCAGGAACAGAUUAUUAACCAACAUACCUGUCCAAUACCAUGGUAGUUCUAUCUAUUUAGUAAUGACAAUGUAGGAAUGGAGGCUAGAGUCAAUUACUGUAGCCCUCAUCAUAAUGCACAACCAGUCAAUAUACCAUUGACCUGUGGUGAUGUCUGAUUUUAAUAUCAUAAGCAUUCAUAACUGCUCCUUUUAAAUUAACAGCCUUUAUAAAUGCUGUUGGGUUACAUCCAUUACAAAACAGGCUAAUAUGCAAACUAUAUUCAUAAUAGCUCCGUAUAAGCUGUAUAAAUGCAUAGAGAAAUGCUAUAAUGUAUUUAGAAUGUAUCACAAGAAAGCUGUCUCAUAGAAAGUGUUACUAAAUCUGUUGUGAUGACAGAGGGUUGUUGUUCCUCACCGCUAGUGAUUGUCUGUGUUCCAGCGUUUCAGUAUGGAGGGUCUCUCCAACAUCCUGCAGACAGGCAUCAGACAGACAUUUGGCAGCACAGGGACGGACAAACAGGUCAGACACUUAAGCAUUUACAGCUCUUAGCCACCAAGUAUAUCAGUGUGUUAAAUCUACAAUGAAGCAUGUGGGUUCAACACUGCUACGUUUCUUCCCUAACCGUCUCUCUUUGUCUUCGUUGUUUAGUAUCUAAACACGGUAAUUCCAUAUGAGAAGAAAGCAACUCCUCCAACUGUGGACGACCUUCAGAUGAUCACCAAUAGUAAGUAGGCAGGGAAAUAAAAUGUAAUUCUAAGCUAAUGGGUAGUUUUCCUAGUUUUGGUUUUUACCCGAGCACAACACAGCUGAUUCAAAUAAUCAAAUCUUGAUGAAGAGUUCAUUAUUUGAAUCAGCUGUGUAGUGCUAGGGCAAAAAACGAAACAUGAACCCCUUGGGGUCCCCAGGACCGAGUUUGGUAAACGCUGUCUUAGAUACAUUUACCCUUAAAGUUAGUUUUGCUCAUAUAGUUUGGUACAAACAUAAUUUUCAAUUUGGUUAGUCUGUGUGCUGUCUGUUAGGUAACUUGUAGGUCAAUACCUACAGUGCUCAAAGAACUCCAAAAGUGUGUCAAUGCCCAGCAGUGCUAUACUCAGUGCUAAGAGCCACCUUGCUUUGUUUUUCUCCCCACAGUUCUUUAUGCCAUGAAGGAGGACAGUGAGAAGGUGCCUACACUGCUAACUGACUACAUAUUAAAAGGUAACUAUUGCUUUAUUAGGUUUAUAAACACUUAAAAUUACAUAGGUAUUACUUUAAGUGUAAGGGAAUGCAUUUACAGUGUAUUGUCCAAGUAAGGGUCAACAAAAGUGUACACAAAAGUGGAAAAUACAACAUAACCUGAUACAUGGUACCUAAAGGGGCUAUUCCACUGGUAUAAUAAUUAAUAAUUAAGCCAGUUCAGAUGGGGAACUCGAGUGUUUACAUAGAGUGUUUGCAUUCAUUUUUUUCCACCAUUCAUUUUUCCCCAUAGUUUGUUUUAGAAACCCUUAAGUAAGGGCUGUGUUUCGUGUAGGCUUACCCUGGUGUGGCGUUUUAAUAAUCGUAUAAAUCUCUCUAGGACAAAUAGACUUUUAUCAAUAUAUUCACCAAGCAUUUUGAUCCCAUCAGGGGGAUUGUUAUAUCUCGCUCACUGCCUGUAUUUUAAUGGUAAUAAUGGACACAUGGAUCUGGCAGUGAGCUCCCCUGAAGGAGCAGAGCCUAACGCCAAGACCACGCGUUGCCAUCUAUUUUCUAAUAAAUUGUUAAAUGAAUGUGUUUCCUGUCUGAACUUGUGAAAUGUGUCUGAAUAAAAAUACAGGCUCAUGAUAACGUUUUUCUAAUUUGAUUAGCACAGUUGACAAAGAACAUUGAUAAUUAUUAUAACGAUGAUUGAAGUAUCCCUAAUUAUCAAUCUUUUUUUCUUCUCCAGUGCUAUGUCCUACUUAAAGAAUUCAAGCCAUGGGCUGCUGUCUGACAGAAACUUUGGAGAGGACUCUCCAAUCUGGCAACCCUCCACCCCUCCUCCCAUCCAAGUUGCAUGAGCUCCCCCUGCUUUCAUUGUCAGCCAUGGAUCGUUACCAUCUAAAACAUUGUACCUUACUCAUCUAAUAAAACUACUGCCUUUUGCUGAGCUCACCUUGUCCUUCCUGCAUACUAAGAUCCGUCCAGAGCCAAAAUGGCUGCCUCCUGAAUACUACUGUAUGGGGCCACUGUACCCCCACUGAAGAACUGACUAACUGAUCUCUAUUCAGAGCAUGAUAAGCAAAUACUGUCCAGUGACCACACAGUUAUACAGGGAUGAGUGUGUUUUAUUUUAAUUUUUUUACAGAUGAUUUGAUGUUAUCAGAUAUUCACACAGCUAAGUUUUACUUCACUGUACCUCAGGCCCGAAGGGGUUUGGUUCUGAUGCCAUUUUGUCUGUCGACCCAAAUGCCACAUUGUAAAGAUUAUAAAGGAGUGAUGGGUUUCACUUACAUGUAGGAAAUUUGGCCUGAACAGUUCUCUCAUUAUUCGAGGACAUAAACCUAACUCAUUUGAAUAAAAAAGCCAUUUACCUUUUCUGCCAUGCUAGUACUGUAGCUUAUUACGGGUGCUGUAUAUUUGAAUGUUUUUGUUAUUUCAGCCAAUAAUGUUUGAAUAUCCAGUGCUCUUUUGAUAAUUUAUUUUACUGUGAUCUUAUAUUUGAUAUAGGUCAUGAUACUGUUUUGUUCAUUUUAUACUUUUAUUUAAUGAAUAAUCAGAGUAUGUGUCACCCCAUUCUGCCACAUGGAGUUAUAUCAUGGAGUUUGUCACUGAUGAGAUGGGCUCAUUUGAAUAAGGCAUACAUAUUUAUGAAUUCCUUUGAGCCUUGUAGGAGAAUACUACAUUGCUGAUCACAAGUUCAAAUAAACAUGCUACCCUGAAACUGUGUGCCAGAAGUGCUUUUUUUGUCCCUCCCCUCUGCUGACAAUCAAGGCAACACAAUGCAAUGAAGGUCGGUUUCCCAGACACCGAUUAGUCCUGGACUCAAAAGCUCUUUCAACUGAGAAUCUCCUUUG